AUGCAUAGCGAACUCAACAGAUAAUUUGAAAGUUCUAAAAUUGAAAGAAGAAUUGUUACUAGAGUAAAACGAAGGAGAUCAUUUGACUUUAGUUAUUCUCAAAAACUUAAAUCCAAAAAUAUUAAUUAUAUGAAAGAUCAUUUAAACAGAAGAACACGUUAUUCAAAUUCUUUUUCUGCAUAUGAUUAAAAUGAGGCAUAUUAUUCACAAGACUGCCCAAAUGAAUUAUUAAAAGAAUAAAAGAAAGAUAGUUUCUAUAGUUAAAGCGCAUCUGAAUAAUCUUCUAAGCAGCCAAUUCAAACCAAUAAAAAAUAUGAUCUGAAUGAUAUUUAUGCAAUUAGAAAAGAUGAAGUGGAUUUCAGAAAAUAUAAUUAUAAUUUUUAGUUGGAUGUUCUUUAAUUGGAAGCCUUAUAUUAUUGGCUUUCAAUUUUUGGGUUUCAGCGUUCUGCUCCUUUAUCAAUCCCACCUUAUUUAUGCUACUACAUUUAUUCUUUAAUUUUGUAUAGAAGUGACUUUCGCAAGAUUUUGAAUUAAUAUAUGGAUAUCUACAGUAGAGAUAAUUAUAUCUUAUGGUUAAAGAAAUAGCAAAGUAAAUACCUAAAGGAGAAGCUUUAAUAUUAAUGCCUAUCGUAAGUUUAAUUUUAUGGUGAAUUUGAAAUAAACUAUAAUAAUGAAUUUAUAAUUUUUAGUUAUCUGGACUCCUUUAUUCACAAACUAAAUCUAGAUUAUGAAGUUCUUUUAGAUGAUUUCCUUAAAUACUUUUAAUUAUCAAAUCUUUAAAAUGAUAAAAUAGAAUAAUCUUUGAAAGAAGAUUAUAUAUAUCGAAAAAAUAACAUAGCCUUGGGAAAUAUCAGAUUUGUUUUCAAAUAAAAAGAUGGAAUUUUGGUUGAUUUUAAACAACCAAUAGGGAAAUUUGAAGAUUAACAAUUUUACGAUUAUGUUUAGUUUUAGACAGAGUUUGGUAAAUAAUUAUCAUAAUAUGAAUCAAUUAAAUCGUUUAACUAACAUCUCACUGAACCCCAUAGCGAAAGAACUUUGAUAUUAUUUCUUUUAGCAGACAUUGAACUCAACAAAUCAAUCUUUAAGACUUUAAAUUAAGAUUUGAUCAAUUAAGGAAAAAUGGGUAUAAUUGAUAACCUUACAAAAAUAUACUUGGAAAUAACCACUGAAAACAGAGUUUGCAGUAGAUGUGUGAGUAUGUUUUAAUACAUCCCAGUUGAGUUUAUUUGUAAAAAAUUUAAAUCAACUUUUGGUUUGAAUGUAGAUCAAAAAUUUUAAUUUAUAAUCAUUUCGUAAUACUUAUUGGAUCCUCAAAUCGAAUAAGAAGUAGAAAAAUACCAAAAGAUUUGGAUAAGAACACCUUAAGGGUAAUAAAUUUAAUAAUAGUAAACAUAAAAACAAUUUUAAUAAAAUUUUCAAACUGAUUUUAAUUACCAAGAGGACAGUUACCAAGAAAAUUUUUUAGAAAACUUACAAGCUCCUAAAUAAAAAGAGAAUCUUCUAGAUUCUUAAUCAGUUCCAAAAGAAAACCUUCAAAACAAGAAUUUAUAUUAAUAAAUUGAAUAGGAGGAAAUAAAAGAAUAAGAAUUGUUAGUUUGUUAUGAAGAAUAAGAACCUACAGGAUUUGUUUCUAUUUUAUUAUUAAAAGAAAGAUAUUGUGUUGGAAAUUGUAGUAAUUUCAAAGAAAAAGUUGAUCAAAUAAAAAUUACAAAUACAUUUUUCUUAAGUAAUGAAAAACAAGAAGAGCCCAAAUAGAAUUCUUAGAGUAGCGAAUAAGAGAUUAAUUAAAAUUCAAACUCCUAAACAUCAAGUUAAAUAUUGCACUCAAAUAGAUUAUAUCUUGAUUUAAUCUUCUACAAAUAACAAUUUGCUAAUCUUCUUAUAAACAUUAAAUAAGAAAAAUAGUUCUAAGUUCAGAAUAAAUUUUAGAAGCACUAACAAACUUUUAUAACAUAAGAAGAUCUAUUAUUAGAGAAUAGAUCAUAAUUUUAUACAUUAUUGGUAAAGAAAUUUACUUCUGAAUUUUAAUAACUAAACACAUAGUAAUUCAAUUUAAAUACGGUCUUGAGUAUCUACUGGGGGAUUGGAUCUCUUUAAGGUUUCAAGAUAUCUCAAUCUGAUUUAAUUGAUGCCCUAAAAGAAGAAUUAAUGCUAAAUAGCAUUAUUUAGUGUGGAAAAUUGAAUAUGUAAUUAUUUCUAUCUGAUUAUACAUUCUUAAGAGAAUUCAUUACCCCAUAAAUUACAAAAGAAAUAAGAAGGAAAAAAGAAAACUUAAAAAUUUUAAUUAAUUUUUGUUAAGUAAAAAUAUUUGGUAAAGAAGAAUCUGGUAACAUUAAAAAAAUUUGUAGUUGCAACUAGGCUAACGAUUGUAACUCACUAUCUUUAUUGAUAGAGUAACAAGUCAAUACAGUAAUCAAAAAAUUUAAAAAUAUUUUAAUAAUUAUCUUGUCUGUUGAUAGGAUUCAAUAAUAAUGUAAAGAGAGAAUUAAUAGUUAAAUUCUUAGUUACCAUCAUUCCAAUCUAGAACUUAAGUACUUUUCUAUUAAAUAAAAGGAAAGAUAGCAAAUGUAAUAAUCCUAAUAAAAAUAAUCAUAAAUAUUAGAAUAAGAAUGGGAUCUUUUAGAAAUUGAAUAUUAUAAAUAGAGAUAUACACUAUAAAAAGAAGGAUUGUUCCUUUCUUAUAAAUAAUUGAGUGAAAAUGUUGAUGAAGAAUUGUUUAGCUUUGAAUGUUAGGUAAAGUUAUUAAUUAAAUAUUUAUAGAUCCACAGUUAGAAUAUUAAUAUAUGA